AGACGUUCGUUUAUGGUAAAGUAAGUAAAAUAAAUCAGUCUGGAUUGGUGUUUAUACAAGGAGAUAUACUGUGUCCUGUACUGUUUAUGUAAUUUGACUGUGUUUAAAACAAAAAAUCAUGGAUACCAGAAACAUUAUUGCAGCUUUAAUAUGGGCAAUAGUAUGUGCUGGAUCUAGCUACGGUCACAUUACCGAUUUCGAGCACUCUCACUCGCAGUUUGAAGUUGGUCAGGCAGAUGCCAACAUGUCCACGUCAACAACAACUGAGCCAAAGACAGCGAAACCAGUGUCCACAGAUAAUGUUCCUGAUCCAGAAACAACUUCAAACAAAACUGUCACUGUUGCGGCUACGACGAAAAAGCCAACAAAUUGUAUGGUCCCACGAAAAGACAAUUUUGUAGCCUGUUUUGAGGCACUGGGCAAGAAUGCAAUGGAUUAUGUCCUUGAUCAAAAUCUAACCGGCUUUAUUGAUGAUAUUUGUGAUGUUAACCGAUCAAAACCUUUGAUUGAAUGUAUUCAUCGGCAUUUUAUGGAAUGUCCAGCGUUUCUGAACAGAGUAGAAGUUGAGGUGUUGGAAUUUGGACCGUAUCAUAUCAAAGACAUUCAAUACUUUAGCAGUAUCGAUCAAAUGUGUUCGUGUGCAACCGGUUUAAUUUGUAUUCAAGAACUUUUGAAGGUGAAAAGAACUCAAAGACUUACAAUCCAAGAUUCGAAUUCACCAUGGUCAAAACUACCAAAUUACAAAGUCAUCUGUGAUAAAGAGUAAGUCUGGU